AUGAAAAUAACAGAGCGCACGAGGGUGCGGGUAGCAGCAGGGCGCACGAGGGCGCGGGCAGCAGCAGAGCGCACGAGGGCGCAGGCGGACCAGAGCGCACAAGGGCGCGGACAGCAGCAGAGCGGCAACGGGCAGCACACGCACGGGCAGCAACGGGCGGCAACGGGCAGCACAGGCACGGGCAGCAACGGGCAGCAACAGGCAGCACAGGCUCGGGCAGCAACGGGCGGCAACAGGCAGCACAGGCACGGGCAGCAACGGGCGGCAACGGGCAACACAGGCACGGGCAGCAACAGGCAGCACAGGCUCGGGCAGCAUCGAGCGGCAACAGGCAGCACAGGCACGGGCAGCAACAGGCGGCAACGGGCAGCACAGGCACGGGCAGCAACAGGCAGCAACGGGCAGCACAGGCACAGGCAGCAACGGGCGGCAACAGGCAGCACAGGCACGGGCAGCAACAGGCAGCACAGGCACGGGCAGCAACGGGCGGCAACAGGCAGCACAGGCACGGGCAGCAAUGGGCGGCAACGGGCAGCACAGGCACGGGCGGCAACGGGCGGCAACGGGCAGCACAGGCACGGGCACCAACGGGAGGCAACGGGCAGCACACGCACAGGCAGCAACGGGCGGCAACAGGCAGCACAGGCACGGGCAGCAACAGGCAGCACAGGCACGGGCAGCAACGGGCGGCAACAGGCAGCACACGCACGGGCAGCAACGGGCGGCAACGGGCAGCACAGGCACGGGCAGCAACGGGCGGCAACGGGCACCACAGGCACAGGCAGCAACGGGCGGCAACGGGCACCACAGGCACGGGCAGCAACAGGCAGCAACGGGCAGCACAGGCACAGGCAGCAACAGGGAGCACAGGCACGGGCAGCAACGGGCAGCAACAGGCAGCACAGGCACGGGCAGCAACGGGCGGCAACGGGCAGCACAGGCACGGGCAGCAACGGGCGGCAACGGGCAGUACAUGCACGGGCAGCAACGGGCGGCAACGGGCAGCACAGGCACGGGCAGCAUUAG